AUGGCGAGUAUAAAUAAAGAAAACGGAAUAGGGUCGCUGCCCGGGGGCCGCCGGGGCACGUCUACAACUGGCGGUAGGCGUGACAGAAUGCAAGCCAGCCGACCGGCCACACCACCUGGCCGGUCCGACCCCUUGCCAUCGACAUCAGCUGGCUUGGCACCGGCAGGGCCGUCACAGGCCCAGCAAUCGGCGCCCGCCACUGGUGGUACACGUCGCAUGAGAUGGUCGAGAGCCAUGAAUGAAGACCUCAUGCGAGCGUUCUACAGGGCUACAGGGACGGAAACAGGCAGAACAGGAUACAGGGCAGUAAUGCACCGCGAGUUUCUGCGUCUUUUACCGGAGCUAAUCGUCUCGGAACAGAACCUAGCCGAUAGAGUUCGGUACAUACAGCGCUCUGGUAUGUUUAGCGCGACCGAACUCGAACGAUUGCGAAGUGAAGUUGUUCCAGAAGCAGACCCCACGACCGUAGAGCAACCCAUCUCAGACGUGCUACCUAACGUAGAGAUGGUUGCCGAAAGGCCUUCAGAAGCGGAUGCGGACGGAACAACUUCCCAGGAUAUAGAGCAUAUGAGGAGCAUACUAGAAGGGGCGAUUCUAGAGAUCCGAAGAACUCCCCUUGAAGAGAGACCGAAGCUUCCCCGGCUACAUCCAAAUGUGGCGACGCGGGAUGCCAUUGAGGCCGCAAAUGGACUGCUGCCUCAAUACCUUGAGGGCAGCGGUGACCUGGGAGAGACGAGUUCAAUCCUCUUUGCCGCUGCAUUGGCAGUAUGCCGAUAUACUAGCGCAAAAAUGCCCCGGGCUGGACGUAAUAUCCAAAGGGAUAAUGCGAAACCAGCCUGGAAAAGAAGGAUUGAACGACGGAUCACCCAGGCCAGGGUCCUCAUUGGCAGACUGCUCUGCUUCAGGGAGGGCAAUACACGCCCGAGAAUUAUGCGCUCAGUAAAAAAGGCCUUUGCUGGGACAGGUGUAAGUCUGUUCCAGUCGGACUUCGGACAAAAACUUACGGAGCGUAUAGACGACCUGAAGCAAAAGGUCGCUGCAUGGGGGAAGCGACUCCGACGGUACUCUGAGAGGGUCGAGAGGUAUCAACAGAAUCGUCUCUUUAUGAGUGAUCAACGGAAGUUUUAUAGAAACUUGGAGCGCCCAAAACUACAGCCCACAGGACAAAGACCCGAAACAGCCAAUUUCGUCGCCUUCUGGCGACAGCUGUGGUCUGAACCUGUGGAACAUGAGGAGGGCGCAUGGAUGCACGGUGUUGAGGAAGCAUGUGCUCGAAUAACACCGAUGAACGUCAUUGCCAUUAUGCAGGAGGACGCGUUCUCGGCCAGCCAUGCAACCUUAGCCGUGCAAUUCCAGAGUGCCCUCGAAAACAGUGCGCUCCCGAACUUCCUUACAACCGGGAUCACUCAUUUAGCUCCUAAGACGGACGAUACCGCGGAUCCAUCUAAAUAUCGCCCCAUAACUUGUCUUACGACAAUAUAUAAGACGUUAACAUCUGUUCUGAGCGCUAAGAUCUCUCGUCAUGUGUACGAAAACAAGAUCCUAUCUAGCGCUCAGAACGGAUGCAGGGGAGGUAGCCGCGGAUCGAAGGAGCUUCUCCUCAUUGAUGCUGUCGCUGGCCAAGUGGUUAAGCGGAACCGUCGGAAUUUCUCCGCUGCUUGGAUAGACUAUAAAAAGGCGUUCGAUUCCGUGCCCCACUCAUGGCUUCGGAGGAUACUCGAGCUGUACAAGAUCGACGGUACGGUUCGGGUGUUCCUGGAGACAUGCAUGGGGCAAUGGACGACGAUCCUGUCUAUCCAGGGCGAGCGAUUAACGGAUACCGCUGACCGGAUUGAGAUUAAGAGGGGAAUAUUCCAGGGCGAUUGUUUGAGUCCACUUUGGUUUUGCCUGUCCCUGAAUCCUCUCAGUACUUUACUGGAGAAUUCGGGGACUGGAUUUCAGUAUCGGAGAGGAGGUACACGAGUGUCUCACCUUCUGUACAUGGAUGACUUGAAACUACUAGCUCCGAGUGUCGAACGCCUGACGGAGCUGUUAAAUAUUGUAAACGAUUAUAGCAGCUCUGUUAGGAUUGCACUCGGAAUAGACAAGUGCGCGGUUCUCCAUGUGCAGAGGGGACAGGUCAAUCAAACUGAAGGGAUCGUUACAGAUCCCUCCAACAUCAAAACCCUCUCCGACGCUGAAACAUACCGGUAUCUGGGCAUGUCACAAAACAUCGGUGUGAGGGAGACGGAUAUGAAACAGUCAAUCCGUGAGGAAUUUUUUGCGCGCCUUACAAGAGUACUGAAAAGUUCCUUGUCGGGUGCCAAUAAGAUCCGAGCAUAUAACGGCUGGGUCAUACCCGUACUCCUUUACACUUUUGGCGUGCUCAGAUGGUCUCAAACCGAACUCGAAGCCCUGGAUCGGAAAGUCCGCACAACUAUGACCCUCCAUAGAAUGCAUCACCCGAAAUCGUCAGUCAUGAGGCUGUACAUCCCGCGGAAGGCUGGUGGUCGAGGCUUGUUAAGCGUUAAGACCAUGCACAACCGCGAGAUCGACAGCCUCAGGACAUAUUUUCUGGAGAAAAGAGACGAGGGUUUGCAUAGAGAGGUCAUAGAAUGUGACAAAGGAUUCACCCCUCUUUCUCUGGCUAAAGAGGACUGGCGAAAACCCGAAGUCCUGGGUACCUCUCAGCGGGAGGCCGUGUGGAAAGAGAAGGAGUUGCACGGAAGGUUCUUCAAAGCCCUUCACGGGCCGUACGUCAACACGAAGACCUCCGUGCACUGGCUACAGUUCGGUGAUCUCUUCGGAGAGACCGAGGGUUUUGUCUGUGCAAUACAGGAUCAGGUGGUUAAGACGAACAAUUACCGAAAGCACAUUCUGAAGGAUGGCACUGAGGACAUCUGUCGGAUAUUCUGGAGUAGAGGGAUGGAAAAGAAUGGUGUAAAGAAGGCAUAG